UCCGCAUCUGAAGAAUCUGGGUGAAAAGUAGACCAUCGGCUCGGGAUGUAAGGGACCGCCAUCUGAAGACAAAACAAAGAAUACUCAGUGGAUUGUGGAUGAGUUAUCGAGGAUUAGAAAUAAUUGGAUAGAUCCACUCACGAGAUGAAGGUCCGUGUAGUUCAGAUUUGGGGCUUCCUGAUGACGGUUUUGGGCUGGAUCUUCGUGGCCUGCACCAUGGCCAUGGAGGGCUGGAAGAUCACCUCCAUCGGGGGCAUGGGGGGCUCCUCCAUCAUCAAGGUGGCCUGGUACUGGUCCAGCCUGUGGAGAUCAUGUUUUACAGAUUCAACUGCUGUGAGCAACUGUUACGACUACCCGGUGCUCUGGUCUGUGGAGGGCCACAUCCAGAUAGUGCGAGGCCUGCUGAUGUCGGCUCUCUCGCUGGGCAUGCUGGGGUUCGUGCUCAGUCUUUUGGGGAUGGAGUGCACCUUCAUCGGGGGGAAAGACCGCUCAAAGUACAAGAAGAUCUACGUCGGUGGAUGGUGCCACAUAAUCAGCGGUAAUGUCUGUUUUUAA